AUGCAUCGGCACAGUGUGGCAGAGACGUUCGAUGGCAGCUGCGUCUUUGUUACCGGUUUUAGUGGAUUUUUGGGGAAGGUGCUAGUCGAAAAGCUGCUAUAUUCCGUGCCUGGCAUCAAGAAAAUCUACUGCUUGAUUCGUCCACAAAAAGGGCAAGCCCCGGUCACUCGGCUGAAGAAGAUCCUCGACAGUUCACUAUUCAACCGCAUCCGCUCGAGAAAUCCGGAUUUGUUGACAAAGGUCUAUGCGGCGGCUGGAGAUAUGACCGAAAAGGGGCUUGGCCUCAACCAGCAUGAUCAUCAGGAGAUUUGCGAAAACGUCAACGUCGUUUUUCAUUGCGCAGCCACUGUUCGAUUCGACGAAGACUUGAAAGAUGCGGUGGAGAUGAACCUCCUGGGAACGGCCCGCAUUGUUGCUUUAUGCCAUUCCAUCCGGAACCUUCGGUGCCUGAUGCAUGCCUCAACCGCAUAUGCAAAUUGCACAUUGACCACCACCGAGGAAAAGGUCUAUGAUCCGCCUGUUUCGCCAUCAAAGCUUCUCGAAGCGCUGGAAUGGAUGGAUGGAGAUAUGCUCAAGCUUUUGACGCCAAAACUUCUCGGGAAUCGUCCGAAUACUUACACCUUGACCAAGGCCCUUGCUGAGUCGUUCUUGAAAGAAGACGCUGCUCAACUACCGGCUAUCAUAGUCCGCCCUUCGAUCAUCGGGGCUUGCUGGCGGGAGCCAUUGGCUGGUUGGACCGACAAUUACAAUGGAGCUACAGGUGUCUUCGUGGCGGUGGCUACUGGAGCGCUUACAAAUAUGCGUGGCAGCAUGACGGCCCGUGCCGACAUCGUCCCAGUCGAUAUCGUAUCCAACAUGUGCAUUGUUGCUGCGGCUCAUCGCAUGCAAACCAGCUAUGCCGAAAUCCCGGUGAUGCACUGCGCUUCCAGUGACCUAAACCCGAUUUACUGGUCGUUCAUCGUCAGUUUUAUCGAUCGCUUCUAUGUGAAGUACCCACUAACUUCGAUGAUUCGUGUCCCAGCCGGUACGUUCCAUCAGUCCCACCUAAUGUGGUGGAUCAACUGGAAGGUGUAUCAUUAUGUACCAUCCCAAAUUGGCGAUUGGGUCAAUGGAUUGAUGGGGCAUAAACAACGCUACAUGCGCCUUUGCAUAAAAGUUGAACGAAUGCUUGAAGCACUCCAUUAUUUCACUUCUAAUGACUGGAUGUUCCAAUCGAAAGCUUUGCCAAUGCUCUACGAUCAGCUGAGCCACGAGGAUCAACAGACAUUCAAUUUUGAUAUCCGCCAAGUCAAUUGGAAUUCGUACAUCUUCGACUAUUUCAUGGGCACCCGGCGUUAUGUGCUCAAGGAGGAACUAGACACCAUUCCCCAGGCUCGCAAAAACACCCAAACACUUCGUUAUCGACGCUUUGCCCUUCAAGCCGUGCUUUGCUUUAUCGGCGUUCGUCUAUUUGGAUGGAAGGCCAGAACGAAACAACAACGCUGGACCAGCUGGCUAAUCUCGGUCUUGGCAGCCCAUUGGUACACGAAUCGACAUUCUGGACAGCCCGUCAAGAUGAAGUCUUUGGAAGAAUACAAAAAGAGCGCUCUGGAGAUCUGCUAU